AUGGACUUUCUGCUGUUUGCCACGGACAAGCAGCCCUGGCUGCAGAUCGACCUGAUGCAAAAGCACCGGAUCAACGCAGUGGCCACGCAGGGAACCUUCAACACCUACGACUGGCUGACACGCUACAUUGUGCUCUAUGGAGACCACCCCACCAGCUGGAAACCCUUCUUCCAGCAGGGCAGCAACUGGACGUUCUUCGGGAACGUGAACGAGAGUGGGGUGGUGCGGCACGACCUGCACUAUCCCAUCCUCGCCCGCUACAUCCGCAUCAUCCCGGUGGCCUGGAACCCCCGCGGGAAGAUUGGGCUGCGCCUGGGCCUCUACGGCUGCCCCUACCGGUCCCACGUGCUCUACUUUGAUGGAGAUGAUGCCAUCUCCUACCGCUUCCGGCCCAAGAGGAUCAGCACCCUCGAGGAUGACAUCUCCUUCAACUUCAAGACACUAGAGCAGGAUGGGGUGCUGAUGCACGGGGAGGGCUCACAGGGUGACUACAUCACAGUGGAGCUCAAGCAGGCCCAGCUACUCCUGCACAUCAGCUUAGGCAGCAGCCCGAUGCACGCCAGCGAGGGCCACACAACAGUGGCUGUGGGCAGCCUCCUGGAUGACCAGCACUGGCACUCGCUGCACAUUGAGCGCUACGGCCGCCACGUCAACCUGACGCUGGAUGGGGAGGUCAAGCGCUUCCGCUGCCAUGGCACCUUUGACCAGCUCGACCUCGACACCGAGAUCUUCUUUGGGGGGGUGAUCGACCAGGACAAGCAGCACCUCACCUAUCGACAAAACUUCCGGGGCUGUGUGGAGAACAUUAUCUUUAAUGGGGUCAACAUUGCUGAUCUGGCCCGGCACCGGAGACCCAACAUCCGCUUUGAGGGCAGCGUGGGCCACUACUGCCGGGACCAGGUGUACACCCCCAUCACCUUUGCUGGCAUCAACAACUACGUGCAGGUGCCGGGGAUCCCACGGAGGAACCGUCUGGCCGUCAGCUUCCGAUUCCGCUCCUGGGACACGGCUGGGCUCCUGCUCUACAGGAGCUUUGCUGACCGCCUGGGCUCCCUGGAGGUGGUGCUGAGCGAGGGACAGGUCAAUGUCUCCAUCGCCCAGCCCGGCAAGAAGAAGCUGGAGUUUGCGGCAGGGCAUCGCCUGAAUGACGGCUUCUGGCACUCGGUGCAGCUGGUGGCACGGGAUGGCUCAGCCGUGGUGACCAUUGAUGAUGACGAUGGUGCCGAGUUUCGGGUGGCACACCCCUUCCAGCUCCGCACCGGCAGCCCCACCUCUUUUGGAGGGGGGGGGCGGUUUUUUCCAGCCUCAAUCACCGGCUGCCGGUCGAACCAGACAGCGUUCCACGGUUGCCUGCAGAUGCUGAAUGUGGACAUGCAGCCCGUGGACGUGGAGCUGCUGGUGCAGCAGCGGCUGGGGCAGUACUUCAACGUGUUCUUCAAUGUCUGUGGUAUCACGGACAGGUGCACCCCUAACCUGUGUGAGCAUGACAGCCGCUGCAUCCAGUCCUGGGAUGACUUCAUGUGCAUCUGCGACCUGACGGGGUAUAAGGGGGAGACCUGCCACAAAUCCCUUUACAAGGAGUCAUGUGAUGCUUACCGGGUCAGCGGGAAAACCUCAGGGAACUACACCAUCGACCCGGAUGGCAGUGGGCCACUCAAGCCCUUCACAGUGUACUGUGACAUCCGAGAGGACCGGGCGUGGACCAUCAUCCGGCACAACCGCCACUAUGCCACGCGGGUGACAGGCUCCAGCGUGGACCAGCCCUACCUGGGGGCCGUGGAGUACUGGAACGCAUCCUGGGCUGAGGUGUCAGCACUGGCAAAUGCCUCUGAGUACUGUGAGCAGCGCAUCGAGCUUCACUGCUACAGCUCCCGCCUGCUCAACACCCCCUCCGGGCUGCCCUUCAGCUUCUGGAUGGGCCGACACGACGAGCGGCACUACUACUGGGGGGGCUCUCGGCCGGGCAUCCAGCGCUGCGCCUGCGGGCUGGACAAGAACUGCGCCGACCCCCAGUACUUCUGCAACUGUGAUGCCGACCACGCGAUGUGGAGGACAGAUAAAGGUCUGCUGACCUUCGUGGACCACCUGCCUGUCACCCAGGUUGUGGUUGGAGACACCAACCGCUCUGGCUCCGAAGCCCAGUUCCUGCUGGGGCCCCUGCGGUGCUACGGGGACCGCAACACCUGGAACACGGUCUCCUUCAACAAGGGUGCAGCCCUGCUCUUCCCCACCUUCCAGGCCAAUCACAGCCUCGACAUCUCCUUCUACUUCAAGACCACCGCCCUGUCUGGCGUUUUCCUGGAGAACCCUGGCUCCCGAAACUACAUCCGUGUUGAGCUCAACACCACCAGGGAUGUGGUGUUUGCCUACGACAUCGGGAACGGAGACGAGAACCUGACGGUGCGGUCAGUGGUGCCCUGGAAUGAUGACGAGUGGCACCAGGUGAAGGCUGAGCUCAAUGUCAAGUUGGCGCGGCUGCGGGUGGACAAGCUGCCCUGGGUGGUGCGGCCGGCCCCCCCGCAGAGCUUCGUCCGCCUGGACUUCGACAGGCCCCUCUAUGUCGGUGCAGCGGAGCACAAGAUGCGCCCGUUCCUGGGGUGCCUGCGGGCGCUGCGGAUGAACGGAGUGACCCUCAACUUGGAGGGCAAGGCCAAUGAGACGGAGGGUGUGCGGGUUAACUGCACUGGGCACUGCCAGGACCCGCCGGUGCCCUGCCAGAACAGUGGCUCCUGUGUCGAGCGCUACAGCCACUACAGCUGCAACUGCACUGUCUCUGCCUUCGAAGGCCCCUUCUGCAACCACGACAUCGGCGGGUACUUCGAGGAGGGCACCUGGGUGCGGUACAACAUCCUGCCCAUGUCGCUCUACGCCGCUCGUGAGUUCGCCAGCAUCAUCAGCAGCCCCUGGCAGCCCCCGCCGGAUGUCUUUGCCCUCACUACCAAGCCAGUGACGGACGGGAGGCCCCACCGUGUCAACAUCACCCGCCUGCACCGCACGCUCUACACCCAGGUGGAUUAUCUCCCUGUCAUAGAGCAGCAGUUCUCUCUGUUUGUGGACAGCAAGCUGGACUCUCCCAAAAACCUGUACCUGGGGCGUGUGAUGGAGACUGGCGUGAUUGACCCCGAGAUCCAGCGCUACAACACACCCGGCUUCUCCGGCUGCCUCUCAGGGGUCAAGUUCAACAGCCUCGUCCCCCUCAAAGCCAUAUUCCGCCCUACCAGCCUCGUGCGGCCCUACAGCAUCCGGGGGGAGCUGGUGGAGUCAAGCUGUGCCUCCAUGCUCCCCCUCACCACCAUCCUCAUCCCUCCCGAGAUGGACCCCUGGUACAUGGACACAGAGUUCCCCCACGUGCAUGACGAUGGCUGGAUCGGGAUCAUCAUCGGGUCCUACCACACCAACGAGCCCAAGGCUGUGCAGGACUACGGCAGUGCUGCCAAACCGCCAGCGGCGCGCAGGGAGCAGAACCUGCCCCAGAUCCUGGAGGAGCCGAAAGGGGACUAG